GAGCAAGAUGUUCUACAAGACUGCCAAGAAGCAGAACUCGUGCUGCCUUGUCAUGUAGGUGAGCCGGCGUCGAAGUGGCUGCUCCUGAGCAUAUGGGCAGCAACAAAGUACAGCCUGCGAUCCCGAUUUCCGGUCUCUUGGUCACAGUAUGCCACACGCAAGUUCUGGUACCUCUCAAUCAGGACCGUUUCAUCCCAAGCCGCUUCCUCACGUACCUACCUUUGUGUUCAAUAGGCAGUUGCAUUGUUGUCUUGUAUUGGCGUUCUAUUUGGGGAAGGAUCUAUCUAUUUCCUAGUAUAAUUAAGCAUAAUGAUCUUCGAUACCAGCUAUAUGUCUCUGGGUCGGUUUUGCCAUAUACCUUGGCAUCUAACCCCUUAUUCGGACGUUGCUAUAGCCUCGAACUGUUGAGCGAUAUGUACACAACUUCGUGGAGCACCAGGAUAUGCCGCUCUUGGCUGGACAACCAGAAGCGCAGGUAGCGUGGCUCCUUGUUCAGAUUCAAGUAUAUUAUAUAACAAGCGGCGUACGUGGUUAAAGCGCGAACAGGCCAGCUUGCGCACCUCUUUCCCCAAGUAUAUAGCUGGCCUCCCACAUUGUACGAGUGCCUGGUGCUUAACAGUGAUUUUCCGUUUUCAGCGUGAAUCAUAGCCCG